AUGGUUCGUAUCGCGGUCUCUGUCGUUCUCGCUUUUGCCGUUUCUGCCAUGGCCCUCUCUGGUGACGGUGUUGCCGCCCAGGCCGCCGCUCUACGCGUAUGCGACGACGUCGAGGCCCCGGACGCCGAGGCUCGCCUGGCUGACACCCCCGAGGACGUCAAGAAUUGGAUGGCGGCCGUUGCCGAGGCCGCGGGUCAGCUUCAAAAGGUGGCUCAGGCGGCUGCCGAGGGCGACGGCCAGCGCUCCGCCUACGGUGGUCAAGCUUGGGCUGCCAGCCGGAACCCUUUCGCCCUCGCCGGCGCACCUACAUGA